GAUUAAACGCGCUCGCCAGGAAAAAAGCUCGCUCCAGCGAGUGAGUGAGCUCCCACCUCCCUCCCCCCUCCUCUCUGCUCCCACCACCACCACCACCACCAAACCCUCCGAUCCAAACCCUCCUCCACCUCGCAUGCCGCCGCGCGCCCCGAGGCGGCGGCGUAGCUGACCACACCGCGCCUCCCGGAGCCCGCCGACGUCAUGGGCGGGGUGACGUCCACCAUCGCCGCGCGCUUCGCCUUCUUCCCGCCCACGCCGCCCUCCUACACGGUCGUCGCCGACGCGGCCACCGGCCGCCUCCUCAUCCCCGAGAUCUCUCGCCCCCCCGCGCGCCGCCGGAGGCGGGACGGCGGCGGGGACUCCUCCUCCGCCGCCGCCGCCGAGGAGGAGGACGCCACGGAGGUGGUGCGCCUCCGCACGCGCCGCGGGAACGAGAUCGUCGCCGUCUACGUGCGCCACGCGCGGGCCUCCGCCACGCUGCUCUACUCCCACGGCAACGCUGCCGACCUCGGCCAGAUGUACGGCCUCUUCGUCGAGCUCAGCCGCCGCCUCCGCGUCAACAUUUUCGGGUAUGAUUAUGCUGGUUAUGGGAGGUCUACAGGGAAGCCCACUGAGUAUAAUACAUAUGCAGACAUUGAAGCAGCAUAUAACUGCCUCAAGGAAAAAUAUGGUGUGCCAGAUGAAGAUAUAAUUUUGUAUGGCCAGUCUGUUGGAAGUGGUCCAACCAUAGAUCUUGCUUCACGGUUGCCAAACUUGCGAGCUGUGGUUCUGCACAGUCCCAUUUUAUCCGGACUGAGAGUGCUAUAUCCAGUCAAAAAAUCUUUUUGGUUUGACAUUUACAAGAAUGUCGACAAGAUCAGCUUGGUAAAUUGCCCGGUUCUUGUCAUUCAUGGCACGUCAGACGACGUUGUUGAUUGGUCCCAUGGAAAGCAGCUAUGGGAGCUUUGCAAGGUGAAACAUUCACCUCUGUGGCUAAGUGGCGGUGGGCACUGCAACCUUGAGCUGUAUCCUGACUACAUCAGGCACUUGAAGAAGUUUGUGUCGAGCCUUGGCAAAAAAUCGACAAAACCUGACUUGAAAGAGUUACCAGCAACGGAAGACACUUCUCGUAAAGACGCAGAAUCUGUAUCCUCGGACAAACCGCAAGAAGCUGCAAAGUGCCGACAGAUCUCGCGGAAGAGCUUAGAUAGUAGAGUUGGGAAAUCCAAAACAGUGGAUGUUCCUGAAAAGCCACGAAUGAGCUCAGAUGACGUUGACAAGUUUAGGAGGAGAAGAUGCUUGGUUUGGUGAUCUAUGAUAUGACGUCUGCACAGUUGAUGGAGUAGUUUCCAAACACCAUGGAACGGGAAUCAAGCAACUGUGUCAUACUGUAUAGCGAGGAACGACGCCGACAGUUCCCGCAGUAGAGGGAUAAUAGCUGUUUAAAUGUGGGAAAAGGAACCGGAAGCUGCUGAAUAAACUGUUACGAGUAUUUAUCAAAGAGGGUACGUCUCAACAUGGUAACUUUCUUGGUUAAUUAACCUGUAUCGCAACCCCCCAGUGGCAGUAGGAUUCCCAUCAUGUAAAAGUGUACCGUUAUUGUCUGUAAUCACGGGGGACAGAGAUAGAACAUUUGCUGCCACAAGCAACAAAUUCUAGUCUGGAUAUGCAAAUAUAGUGUUCAUAUGUUUUGUGGCUUC